CGCGUCGGGGCGGCCAGUCACUUUAGCCAGUUUGUUUCCUCUCCUGGGAUUUGUUUAGCACCGUCAGGCCCCUGCCCUGGGCCUGAGAGACACCCGUGAAUUUACAAGUAGCUAAGAUACGUGCUGGCGAGGGUGGCGCCGGGCGUGGUUGCUCUGGGGGUGAGGCCCUCUUCGCCUGAAACGGCUGGAGGGCUGGUAUAGAGAAGUGGGGAAUGUCUUCCAGGCCUGACUGGAAAGCAGGCCCAGGGUGCCACUGUUUACAGGGAGCUUGCUGUGUGGUAAAGGGGUCAUCCCUACCCCAACCCUGCUCCCUUGGUGGAUGUCAAAAGUGGAAGCCAGGGAAGGGAGAGGAAGAAGGCGUUUGAGUAGGGGUUGGUGAAGGCUGGUGCUGACCCAGGAGAGUAGUUUUCGAUGUUUGUAUAAUGCGUGACAGCAGCACCUGUACCCUGUAGCUCCCUCUCUCCAGCCCCCAACUUCAAUCAAGCAGGGAGGCAGGGCGUGGGAAUUAUGGCUAGAGGCCCAGAAUUUACCCCUGAACAGGGCUAAACUAAAUGGAGGAAAGACUGGGGAACUUGGAAGAUGGCAUUUCAGGUCUCUCCAGGAGGAAGGGAAAAAGCAGGACCACUACUGAGGCCUGUCUGCAAGAAAUGAGGGUGUGUGUUUUACUCUGAGCAAAACCAUUGACGACUGAAUCUUGGCUUUGGGGUGGCCGUGUUCCUGGAAACUAGUCUGGGCAGGGGCUGCAGAGGUGGCAGUAUGGGUGUUUGUAGGGGACCUGUUCCCUGGAAUGGGGGUGUGAGAGAGGAUGGUUUAUGCCUUGGGGAGGUUAAUAGUGUCCCUGCUCAGUGCCCAGUAUGAGGGGAGUGGAUGGGUUAAAUCUUUGUUCUUUGGCUAGUUGAAUACCUGUUGGAGACACAGGCCUUGAAUUUUGCUGUGGUGGCAGCUAGAGAUAUCAGAGCUGAGUUAAACUAGGCUAAGCUUGUUCUGUGGGCAUUGGGAUUCGGGUCUUGAGAGUGUUCUGAAAGAGAACUCUGGUUUAGGUGUGUUUAAGGGUGGGUGUCAUGCAGUCUCCUCCCUAACCACUUCGUUGGCCCUCCGUGCUGCUUGGAUCUUUGUUGAUGUUUUUCAUUUACUUUCUUGGUGUAUAGAAGAAGGGAGGGACUUAGAAGGCUGGGUGCAGUGGCAGGAUAUGGUACAGCACACUCUGACUCAGAAGUGUUGGGUCCAGGCCCCAGAUAAAACACUUUGCUGUGCCUCAGUUAACCCAGCUGUAAAAUGGGGAUGAUAACAAUGGGGACGAUAAUUUCAUUAUGAGGAUGAAAUCAGACACUGUAAAUAAAAGCGCAUGUAAAAACUGUGAAGCCUAUGUAGAUAGAGAGGAUUGUUGUUACCAUGGUUUCAUUAGCUGAAGGCCAUCAUCUUUUAUAUCUCCCAGUGGCCAAGAAAUGUCUUAGCUUCCUGUGGUUAGAAAAAAUACUACUUGUAGUGUUUUGUUUUUAAAUUGUGAAUCGAAACAUGUCAUUGUAGGAAAAUGUGAAUCGUAUAUAAAAGUACUUAGGCACGUAUAAAAUUCACCCACAGUCCUAUCACCAGGUAACCACUAAGAACUUCUUGUUGCAUCGAUGUAUUAUUUCUUUCCCUUUUAAAAAUUCUCUGUGCUUAUGUACACAAGUGCAUGUUAUGUUACAAGAUGGAGAGACUACUAUGCAGUCAAUAUUGUAUGAUGCCUUUUCCCCCCUUAAGUACAUAUUUAAACAUUUUCCCAAAUCCAGUAAAAAUUCUUCAGAUGCCUCGAUGUUAAUGGCUACUUGAUAUUGCAGCCUAUGAAUGUCUAAUUAGAUAUUUUUCUCUGUGAUUUUGGUUGCUUCCAAAUUUUCCCUCUCUGCCUGUUCUUAUCGUCUAAGGUACUGGGUGGCAGGUGGAGGAGAUCUUGGUCGACUUUCAGAAGGUGGAGAGGGUUAGCUGUGAUGGAGGUGGGGCAUGGAGGAGGAGGAGGAGGCUGGGGCAGCGUUGCUCCUGUGUACUGCCAUCUUGGGGGAAUGCUGAGAACACAGGGCUCUAGAUCUUAGUCAUCGACCUCUAAGGGUGGCUGCCCUCCCUCCCCAUCACUCUGUGCAGUGCCUCGUGUUGGCCUGGUUGCCUUAAUUUUUUUUGAUGUGCUGUGGAUCAACUAGGAUAAGCCCUGUUCUUCAAAGCCCAUGAUCUGUCAAGAGGUGGAUUUCACGUGUCUGCCAGGCCUCGGCACAAGACUGACCAAUAUUGCAACAGAAAUUCUCAAAAGCCCCUCACUAGGUGGACCAGUUUGCUGCCCAUUUCCCUGUUCUCUUUGUUCUUCCUUUACCCCAUCCCCCUUCCCGCAGGCCAGGACUGAGGAAGAGAAGGCUAGAACUUGCCCUGGGGAGAAUAUGCAUUCCCUCCUCCUUAUAAGAACCUUUGGGUGGCCCAGAGAAAGGAAAACUGACUUGAGGCCCAGCUCUCAGAUCCCUGUGGAUACAACUGCCUGCUCAUCUAUAUCAUGGCUCUCCACCCCCGCAGAGUUCGGCUGAAGCCCUGGUUGGUGGCCCAAGUGGAUAGUGGCCUGUAUCCUGGGCUCAUCUGGCUACAUAGGGACUCCAAACGCUUCCAGAUUCCCUGGAAACAUGCCACCCGGCAUAGCCCCCAACAGGAGGAGGAAAAUACCAUUUUCAAGGCCUGGGCUGUGGAGACAGGGAAGUACCAGGAAGGGGUGGACGACCCCGACCCAGCUAAAUGGAAGGCCCAGCUCCGCUGUGCGCUCAACAAGAGCAGGGAAUUCAACCUGAUGUAUGACGGCACCAAGGAGGUGCCCAUGAACCCCGUGAAGAUAUAUCAAGUGUGUGACAUCCCCCAGCCCCAGGGCUCGAUCAUUAACCCAGGAUCCACUGGAUCUGCUCCUUGGGAUGAGAAAGAUAAUGAUGCGGAUGAAGAAGAUGAGGAAGAUGAGCUGGACCAGUCACAGCACCACGUUCCCAUCCAGGACACCUUCCCCUUCCUGAACAUCAAUGGUUCUCCCAUAGCACCAGCCAGUGUGGGCAACUGCAGUGUGGGUAACUGCAGUGUGGGCAACUGCAGCCCCGAAGCAGUGUGGCCCAAAACGGAACCUCUGGAGAUGGAAGUACCCCAGGCACCUAUACAGCCUUUCUAUAGCUCUCCAGAGCUGUGGAUCAGCUCUCUCCCAAUGACUGACCUGGACAUCAAAUUUCAGUACCGUGGGAAGGAGUAUGCGCAGACCAUGACGGUGAGCAACCCCCAGGGCUGCCGGCUCUUCUAUGGAGACCUGGGUCCCAUGCCUGACCAGGAGGAGCUCUUUGGUCCCGUCAGCCUGGAGCAGGUCAAGUUCCCAGGUCCAGAGCACAUCACCAAUGAGAAGCAGAAGCUGUUCACCAGCAAGCUGCUAGACGUCAUGGACAGAGGACUGAUCCUGGAGGUCAGCGGUCAUGCCAUCUAUGCCAUCAGGCUGUGCCAGUGCAAGGUGUACUGGUCUGGGCCAUGUGCCCCAUCGCUUGUUGCCCCCAACCUGAUCGAGAGACAAAAGAAGGUCAAACUGUUUUGUCUGGAAACGUUCCUUAGUGAUCUCAUUGCCCACCAGAAAGGACAGAUAGAGAAACAGCCACCAUUUGAGAUCUACUUAUGCUUUGGGGAAGAAUGGCCAGAUGGGAAACCUCAGGAAAGGAAACUCAUCUUGGUUCAGGUCAUUCCGGUGGUGGCUCGGAUGAUCUAUGAGAUGUUUUCUGGUGAUUUCACACGAUCCUUUGACAGUGGCAGUGUCCGCCUGCAGAUCUCAACUCCAGACAUCAAGGAUAACAUUGUUGCUCAGCUGAAGCAGCUGUACCGCAUCCUUCAAACCCAGGAAAGCUGGCAGCCCAUGCAGCCCACCCCCAGCAUGCAACUGUCCCCUGCCCUGCCAGCCCAGUAAUCAUGAAUGCCAUCUUCCUUCUCUUUUUUACAGUAUUGUACAUAUGGAUAUUUUUUAUUAGUCAGAUUUAACCAGCUUUUAAACCUGUCUUCUUUCUAACAAUAUUAGUACUCUCUGCCUCUCCAAAUAUGCCUAGCUUUUAAAGUUGAUUUAAUUUAUGGAAAAAUCACCCUUCAUACUUUCCCUUUCUUUUUUAAACCUCCCCAUGGUAGUGUAAUGUAGUAGAAGGAGAUUUGGCCUGGGAGUUUGGACACCAGGGUUCUAGCUGCAGCUUUGCUUCCAGUGGUGUGACCUUGAACCAAGUCAUUUAGCCUCUGGGCUUCAGAUUCAUUACUGUAAAAUGAAGGAGUUGGAAUGAUGCCUGAAAUAAUGCCAGCUUUAAAACUCUGACUCAGUGACUUCAUUCUACUUGUACAAGGCCAAACUGCCUGGAACAGAACAUUUCUGCCUUGUUCUUGCACCACACUUUUUUUUUUUUUUUUUUUUUUUUUUGCUUUCAUUAAAGUUCCCUCAAGCACUGGUUUGUCCAGGAUUGAUCUCCGUUUGACCUGUUCUGCUAGUAUAGUAAGCUGGCUCCCUGAUGGGGGAAGAGGGAGGGAGGGGCGCCGGCUGGUUGCUUGGGAACCAAGCUAGAUAUCUAAAUAGAAAUAGGUGCCAAAGUCUGAAAGUCACCCAGCCUGCGGAGUAAAAACUCACAAAUUGAGCUUCUAAAGGGGAGCUGUUGAUGUAGAAGGCUUAGGGAUUCUGUAGAAGAAUUGGUUGUCAGGUUUUCAACUCAUCACCACUGAAAUACGGACAUACUUCGGAGAUAUUGCAGGGCUAGUCCCAAACCACUGCAAUAAAGUGAAUAUUCCAAUAAAGCAAGUCACACAAAUUUUUUGGUUUCCCAGUGCAUAUAAAAGUUAUGUUUACAUUAUACUGUAGUCUGUUAAGUGUGCAAUAGCAUUAUGUCUAAAAAUACAAAUGUGCAUACCUUAAUUAAAAAUACUUGGGGACUUCCCUGGUGGUGCAGUGGUUAAGAAUCUGCCUGCCAAUGCAGGGGACAUGGGUUCGAGCCCUGAUCUGGGAAGAUCCCACAUGCCACGGAGCAACUAAGCCCGUGUGCCACAACUACUGAGCCUGCGCUCUACAGCCCGCGAGCCACAACUACUGAGCCCGCGUGCUGCAACUACUAAAGCCUGCGCGCCUAGAACCCAUGCUCCACAACAAGAGAAGCCACGUCAAUGAGAAGCCCGUGCACUGCAAUGAAGAGUAGCCCCCCCAACUAGAGAAAGCCCGCGCACAGCAACAAAGACCAAACGUAGCCAAAAAUAAACAAUAAAUAAAUUAAUUAAAAAAAAUAAAGAUACUUGAUUGCUAAAAAAUGGUAUCGAUCAUCUGAGCCUUCAGCGAGUCAUAAUCUUUUUGCAAUAGUUACAUCAAAGAUCACUGAUCACGGAUCACCGUAACAAACAUAACAAUAAAAAACUUUAAGUAUUGUGAGAACUACCAAAACAUCACACACAGACAUAAAGUGAAAAAAUGCUGUUGGAAAAAUGGCGCCAAUAGGCUUGCUUGACGCAGGGUUGCCACAAAUCCUCAAUUUGUAAAAAACAGUAUCUGCAAAGUGCAAUAAAGCAAAACACAAUAAAAUGAGGUAUGUCUGUACCACUGUGUGUGUGUGUGUGGUAGAUGACAGUAUAUAACUCAGUGAUAGCCUUUGGAGAGGAUAGAACUCUCUUGUUCCUUUUUCCCUUCUUUGAGGAAGACCUGAGAGUGAGCUGGGCAUCCAGGACCAACUCCUGUGACCACAGAGGAGACAGGGACAGUUCCUCCUUGUAUGGAGAUGUUUACAGUCUUCCUGUCAUUUGGAUUUUUUUGUGGAUGGGAAAAAUGGGGUGUUGAAUGUGUUAAGGUCAAGGUGAAGAAGGGCUGGGCAGUGCUUUUCUGGAAAUGGCUCACCUAGCACAAACCUGCUUGUCUCCCUUCCUGGUGGAGGUAGCUGGGUGUGAACAGUUAAGGUGAAGAGUGUAGAUUAAGGUGUAGAACAUUGCAGCUAUGGCUACAAUUAAGGUGUAGAACAUUGCAGCUAUGGCUGCCACAAACUGGUCUGAUCUAUUAACUUUUGCUCUGUCCCUGACCCUUUGA